AUGGGCUCCGACGUGCGGGAUCUGAAUGCCCUGCUGCCCGCCGUGCCCUCACUGGGCGGCGGCGGAGGCUGCGCCCUGCCUGUGAGUGGCGCAGCGCAGUGGGCCCCGGUGUUGGACUUUGCGCCCCCGGGCGCCUCUGCCUACGGCUCCUUGAGCGCCCCCGCGCCCCCGCCUGCCCCGCCGCCGCCUCCGCCGCCUCACUCCUUCAUCAAGCAGGAGCCGAGCUGGGGCGGCGCAGAGCCGCACGAGGAGCAGUGCCUGAGCGCCUUCACAGUCCACUUCUCUGGCCAGUUCACCGGUACAGCCGGAGCCUGUCGCUAUGGCCCCUUCGGUCCGCCCCCGCCCAGCCAACCGCCCUCGGGCCAGGCCAGGAUGUUUCCCAACGCGCCCUACCUGCCCAGCUGCCUCGAGAGCCAGCCGACCAUCCGUAACCAGGGAUACAGCGCGGUCACUUUUGACGGAACACCCAGCUACGGGCACACGCCCUCGCACCAUGCGGCGCAGUUUCCCAAUCACUCCUUCAAACACGAGGACCCCAUUGGUCAGCAGGGCUCUUUAGGCGAGCAGCAAUACUCCGUGCCUCCCCCGGUCUAUGGAUGCCACACGCCCACCGACAGCUGCACCGGCAGCCAGGCCCUGCUGCUCCGGACUCCCUACAACAGCUCUGACAAUCUGUACCAAAUGACCUCGCAGCUAGAAUGCAUGACCUGGAAUCAGAUGAACCUAGGGGCCACACUGAAGGGUCACACUACAGGAUAUGAAAAUGAUAACCACAGCACUCCGAUCCUCUGUGGGGCCCAAUAUAGAAUCCACACUCACGGCGUCUUUAGGGGAAUACAAGAUGUCCGUCGAGUGCCUGGGGUAGCCCCUACUAUCGUGAGGUCAGCCACAGAGACCAAUGAGAAACGCCCGUUCAUGUGCGCAUACCCAGGCUGCAACAAGAGAUACUUUAAGCUGUCCCACUUACAGAUGCAUAGCAGAAAGCAUACUGGUGAGAAACCCUACCAGUGUGACUUCAAGGACUGUGAACGGCGAUUCUCUAGAUCAGACCAACUCAAAAGACACCAAAGGAGACACACAGGUGUGAAACCAUUCCAGUGUAAAACCUGUCAGAGAAAGUUCUCCCGGUCUGACCACCUGAAGACUCACACCAGGACUCAUACAGGUAAAACAAGUGAAAAGCCCUUCAGCUGCCGGUGGCCCAGCUGUCAGAAAAAAUUUGCCCGUUCAGAUGAGUUGGUGCGUCAUCACAACAUGCACCAAAGGAACAUGACGAAGCUUCAGCUGACACUUUAAAGAGUCAAAUCCAAGGAUGCGUCUGUGUCCCGGGCAGGACGUUCUAUGAACAGCUGUGGAAUUGGGCCUUUAAACUCCUCCCUGGCCACCUUUAUAAUGAGGAAACCACAACCGACCACAAAGACAAGCUACAUGUUUGGAUGGAGUCGGUUCCAGGUUUGUCAGGCAGCAGGGUGGCCUCCAUUUCCCCAUCUCUUCAUCACUCACUUGGGUUCAAGGUCCCAGUUUCCAUAAGACCUGCAUCGUCUCUCACCUGGGGUUCUCACUGUGAAAGAGAGUUGCUGUUGGUAGGUUUCCUUCCCCACCCUUUCCUUCUCCAAAGUCCCAAAGAAACCUUGCGUUUCUCUUGGGAUGGAUUCAUGACACUUUUUUCCGUUGUGGAAUAUUUAUAGGCUGGGGCAUGUCUAUGUGUCUGCUAAUGUAAACUUUGUCACGGUUUCCAUUUACUAACAGCAAGACAUAAAUCAGAAAACCAGGGCAUUUGGGGGUGGGGUGGGUUUCUCACAUGGCAUUCCCAGGGGUCAAGUGAUGGCAGGAAAAGUCUCUUCCAUCAGUUGACUUAAAAUUAAAAAAAAACAACCACUUGUUUAUAAAGCAGCUAAAAAAGAAAUCAAAAUGAAUCAGUACCUCUGUACUGAAAUCCGUAAGAAUUUUACCAAUAAGUUAACAUGUUUUAAACUAUUAUCAUGGUGAUCUGAAGGAACUGUUCUGUGGAGCCGAGGUUUUAUUAUUAUUAUUGUUAUUAUUUUGGUAUGAAUUGAAGCUUAUUUUUAAGAGAUGUUCACAUCUCCUUACAUUAGAGAAACAGAAAAUUGUUCUAAUCAUUUGGGACUUUAUUGUGAUGGUGAGACCACACUGGUUAUGUGGUUUCAAAGUUGUAAAAAUUAAGAUGGAACUAAGAGGAAAGGGGGGCUGGUCCAGGAUCUCCAUUACUAAAUUGUUCCUAAGUAACUUAAAAGACUCUGGGUCUACAAGAAUAUGUGGGGAAGAAAGAAAGAGACUUAUCAGUGUGAGAAAAUAUAUUGUUGGGGGGAGGGUCUUUUUUGUUGUUCUGUUUUGAGGGAGGGAGUUUAUUAUUGACUGUGGCUUGAAAUGAUUGUGUAAAUAUCUAUCUGAUAAUGCAUUGCUCUUAGCCAAUUAAAAUUAGAAAGUGUAUAAAUAUUAGAUGCCUCACUGUUCAGAUGUUACUGUUUUAACAUAUUGAUGAUGAUAAUGAUGACAAUAACACUUAAGAAUGUA